GUUGUCUUCAGUACAUGAUAACUGAUUUCACUGAGAUUUUGCCCCACCUAUGGCUCCGGAGUUUUCAUUUUAAGGUUAACGUGCGAUACGCCGACAUUGAUUAAACUAAUCGAUACUUUUUAAAUAAAAACAAACUAUGGAGGCCAACCUGAGGAGAGUUCCGCCGCGUAAAAGGCGAGUAGUCUUAGGAAUGGAUGGAAGUAAAUGCGCCGAAGAAGCGUUCAAAUGGUAUGCAAAGAAAAUACACGAGCCCGGAGAUUACCUGAUAGUGAUACACAUUCCGGAGAAAAACCCCGUGAUGACGUCAGAUGGCUCGUCGAUGACAGGGAUUGAGGACGAGAAUCAGCAGGUGACCCGGCUGAGGCUGGCACAGUUCCAUGAACUCAUGAAGCAACAUGGCAUUCAGGGCACGGUGAAGCAUAUGAGCGGAGAGCCGGGACCACAGCUCGUAGAGGCCGGGGCAAGGGAGGGCGCCGAUUUUAUCAUAACAGGAAGUCGCGGCCUGGGUAAGCUGAAAAGGGCCUUCCUAGGGAGCGUCAGCGACUAUGUGAUCCGCCGCUCGUCAGUUCCGGCGCUCGUGUGCCGACUGGAGGAUUCCCUAUACUAAUGGCAGCUGUCACGGAUAGUAGACGAUACGUGUUUGAUGAUGCUGCUUAUUUAUACCACAAUAAGAGCUUUUGAAUAGAUUUGGAAUAAGUGAAGAAUGGCUGCACAAGUUUAAAAUACAUACAUUGGCAGACUGUACAGUGGCCUCUCUAAAUAUUAUUGUUUCAGUGGACGAAAACAUGUUUGAUGAAGCAGAACAUCAAGUAAACAGUUUUCAAUUUCAUAAGUGAUUGGAUGGGCAUCUGAACUUUGCGUGAUUGAAUAAUUAUUAAAACAUAAAAUGUGUACAAUAAAUGUUAUUUUGUUUGUUUCUUUAAGUAAAACAUUGUUACAUUG